UUAAUUGAACACGAAAUCUUAAUUUCUCUAAUAAAAAAAAUCAAUAUUUAAAAAGUUAAAAAUUCAUUCCAGCAAAAUAAAUUAUCGGUAAUUUAAGUAUAAUAUUAUACGAUGAAUAUAUACAGAUGUCUGAUACGAGAGAUCUACCUAAUGUGUUUUAAAAAGUGUGUAUAUGGUAGAUGUAAUAACUGUAUUAAUGUCUCAUAGAAAUGUAUAACAUUCAAUGGUGCUUUGGUUUCUCAUCUUUAAGUUCUUAACGAUAUAAAAUUAACUUAAAAUAAAAUCGAAAAAACACCCUUUAAAAUUUCUUGUUCCCAUCUUAUAUAUGUAGGUCGAGUGUUUUUCUUUUUUGGUUGUAGUAAAUUAUAGUGCAAUAAAAUUUAUAGAAAUGAUCCAAAAAGAAAACCUUGAGAAAAUUUGCUUUGACGUAAUGUACUACUUUGUAAAAAUAUUGAAUUUCUACGAAAAUCGGCAAGAUAUAUAUGAAGAUCAAUUACGAAAUCAAAGGACCAUUAUCCACUGAAUAAAAUAUACAUAAGUGUACAAUAACCGUUACUCGAUCGAUAAAAGAAAAUUUAUAGCUUUUCUGCGAAGAAUUCGAUUUUCGAAACUUCAUCUUGCGCUCUUGGUAAGUGUAUACAUAUAUCGACCCAUCAAUGAAAAAUUCGACCAAUCUCUAUGUCUAUAACCAGUAUAAUUGUACGCUAUUCGGCGCAUGUUUUCAUCUAAGCGAUCUGAUAUUUCUGAUAAGUCAGAUAUAACACAUAACAUAUUCGCUUUAUUACGAUAAGCUUUUGGGUGCAUAUCGAUAAAUCACAUAGAUGUAAAUUUUUACGAGCAACAAAAAAAAAAUAUAAAUAUACAAAUAUAUAUAUUUUGACAGAAACUUCACGAAGAAGUUCGCGAGAAUCUUGAGGAGGACCUUUAAAUCGAGACUGUUCUUUUAAAUGCAAACGAUUCUUCAAUAAAACAGUUUCAUAUUAAAAAUGUUUAACAUCGUGAUCAAUUUCGUGUAAAAGAAUUCUAAUAUCUUCGUGAUAUUUUCUGAUAUAUUGUACGUCGCUGCGGAUCAUAUUAAUUCGAACGUUUGAAUGUUUUUAAGUACUUUCGUAGUAUUCCGAACGAGAAACAGUCGUGGGAACACAGUCCAUCUUGAAAACAAAUGAAGAAAAAAAAAAAAUUUGCAAAGAAUUUAAAGAUAGAGAUUUUCUAAUUUCGUAACUAUUAGAGAAUAACUAUAAAUUUAAUUAUUUUAUUCGCAAUUAUACUGCUUGUUUCUCAUUAAACAGAAUCAUUCCUUUCACGCAUUAUAUAUUAGAAUAUUAAUAGAGAGAGAAAUUUCUAGAUAUUGUUAGUACAGCUAGCUUUAUGUAUUUCAUUGUAUAUAAAAGUUCGGUCAUACGAGCAUCGAUAUACAUUGUAUCGUAUUACAUUGUAUAGUUGCAAAUACAUUUUAGAGUAAAACUUUCGAGAGAUUAGUGUGCGAGAAUCCAAAAAUGUCAAGUCAGAUCAAAUUGAGAAUUCAUCUUAUCAAAGUCCCAAAAGUAUCUCAUGAUUCGAUAUCAGAAUUCCUGAAAAUUUAGGAAAGAGAAUUUUUUUCUUUCAAUUUUGUAAACGAGUAUACUUCUACAAUGUACAAAAAUGUUAUUCAAUUCCUGGAAAUUUUAGAAAAUUUUAAUAUUUUCAAGAAUAAUUCUCGAACUAUGAGAUACUUUCGGGAUCCGAUGCGAUCCGAGUUAACCCGAGCAAAGCCGAUCCAAGCCGAGCCAAUCCGACCCGUCCCGAGUAUCCCAAUAUUUUCGGGUUCUUGUACAUCUCUUAAGAGUAAUUUUUGCUUUCAAAAGUAAUUUUCACUCUCAACACAAUGUCCAAAAAUUAUUCUCGAGAAUUUUACUUUUAAAUAUAUUCGCAUUGAUUAUUAACCUCUCUAGAAUUUGCGCGUGUGACCGGGCCUAAGAUGUGCAGUUUAAUAAAUAAAAAAUAAAAAUUGCGGCACUACUAACAGCAUGGAAGUUAGUAACAAUCAAAAUGGCUGCUACCAACUCGAAUAUAUCCAGUGAUAGUCCAACUAAGAAAGAGGACGAAUUCAAUGAAUUUUAUUCCGAAGUAAAAGAAAUAGAAAAAAGAGAUUCGGUUUUAACUCCUAAACAACAAAUCGACAGAUUAUUACGACCCGGAUCGUCUUAUUUUAAUUUAAAUCCUUUUGAAGUAUUACAAAUUGAUCCAUCCACUUCUAUAGAUGAAAUCAAAAAAAAAUAUCGACGUAUGUCAAUUCUUGUACAUCCUGAUAAAAAUCAAGAUGAUGCAGAACGUGCACAACAAGCAUUUGAAAUUGUUAACAAAGCAUGGAAAACAUUGGAAAAUGAAGAAACUAGAGCUAAAUGCAUGGAUGUUAUUGAAGAAGCAAAAGCUAGAACUGAUCAUAUGAUUGCAGAAAAAAAGAAAAAAAUGAAAAAAGAAGGAAAAACAGAAAGUGCAAAUAUACUUGAAGAAGAGACAGAAGAAGGUUACAAGCAUGCAGUUUGGGUUAUGACAAUGAAACUCUUUGCUGAUAUGGAAAGAAGAAGGAGAGAAUUAGCAACUAGAGAUGCAGAACAACGUAAAAGGAAACGAGAAGAAGAAUUAUCUGCAGAAGCACAAGCUGCAUUAGAACGUGAGUGGCAAAAAAAUUUUGAGGAAUCUCGACAAUCAAGAGUUGAUAGUUGGAAAGCUUUUCAAUCUGGUGCUAAUGCCACAAAACAAAAGAAAGCAAAAAAAUUAAAAGCUUUUAGGCCUCCUAAAACGAAAGCUGAAUCACGAUAAUUAUAUAAUUGUUCCUGAUGCCUGACAUAGAUUCUUUCAUUUGAUAUAUUUCAUAUUUCUUGCAAAAAAAAGUAGUUUAAAUAGCAUGUUCUCACUAUGUGAUAUCAGAUUUCUGAAUUUAUUAAAACUAAUUGGAAUUGUUCUUGUUUAAAAUUUAUUUGUUAAUUAAAAAUUUGCGAUUUAAAUCUAGUUAAAUAUACAUCAAAAUCAGGUAUCAAAGUAGAGAAUUAGUUGUAAACAGAAUGAAUACAUUGAGCAGCAAAGUGUGAGUAUGGUUAAUGUAUGUAUCUUAAGAAUAAUUUGUAUGUUUGUUGAAUGUAUAUGUAUGUAUGAACGUAUAUAGUUGUGAUAUACUUACAUGGCCCGAGUAAGUUCAACUUUAAUAUAAUACCUUAACCUGAUUUAAUUAUUGCAUAAAACUUAAGAUUAUAUACAUUUGUAUUAUAAAUUGUUGGAUAACAAAUGUCAAUUUUAUGAUAUACAUGUACCUCAUAUUUUUAUCUGAAAUAUACAAUGACAUGAUACAAUACUUUGAAAAAGAAAAAUAUUCAAGUUGUCAAAUUUGUCAAAUGAAAUUUAAAUUGAUAUUUAUAAAAUUUUUAUAUGUUUCUCAAAUUAUUAUUGAGAACAUUUGUAUAUACUGAAGCAAUAAUUCAAAUAAUUUAAUGAAUAUUGUUAUAUUUUAAUGUUAAUAUGUGUUAAAAUGAUUUGAAGCACAAUAUAGUACAAAGGUAAAGUAUAAAUUUUCUUUUAUUGAACAUAACCUCUGAUAAUAUAAUAAUAUUAAAAAGUUCUAUUUUAUAUAAUGGUAUCAUGAAUGCACAUAAUGCUACGUAAAAUUGUGUGAUAUAAUCAUUAUA